AUGUCAAAGGAUCAAGUUCCGCAGAACAUACUAGAAAUUCUUCAAAACCUUAUAGAAAGAUGCAUUCAGCUUUACAUGAGUGAGCGGGAAACUGUUGAUUAUUUGUUUCACAAGGCAAAGAUUGAAACCUACCUCACUAAAACUGUCUGGCAAAGACUCGAAGAGGGAAACCCCAAUUUUUUUAAGGCCUAUCAUCUGAGGUUGACUCUGAAGGCCCAAAUAACAAGAUUUAAUGAGUUGCUCGAGAAACAGGUUGAGCUAAUGAGCCAGACAGGGAGAGGAGUCCCUUCCAAUGGAUCUCACAUACAUUCAAUGCACAACAACUCGGAUUAUCAAGCUCAACAACGAGCAGAAAACAUGCACCAAGCUGUUACAAUAUUGCCCGGUGAUGGUGUGCUAGUUCCAGUCAACAUGUCCAUGCCAGAAAACAUGUUAUUAACUCAAAAUUCCAUCGCGCAAGGGAUGAAUGAUGUGAUGAUCGAAGCAAACCCUGAGAACAAACUCGCGUCUGUUUCACCUUUCACUAGUGCUUGGGAUCCCAUGGAGACGAGCUCAUUUGGACAGAUACCGCACAACUUGAGUGUCUCAGAUUUCGCAACUUACUUUUCCAAUGACACAGGUGGGCUCGAUAGCUACUCUAUGCAAGUUCCGGUCAACAUGUCCGUGCCAGAAAAUAUGUUAUUUACUCAAAAUUCCAUCUGGCAAGGAAUGAAUGAUGUGAUAAUGGAAUCAGAGUUAGAGGGUGGCUUUAUGAACAAUCUCAAAGAAGUUGAAAACACAAUUGGAGAAGCUUCCAUUUCAGUUUUCAAUAGUGUCGGUGAUCCCAUGGAGACGAGCUCAUUUGAACAGAUACCGCACAACUUGAGUGGCACAGAUUUGACAGCCUACUUUGCCAAUGACACAGAUAUACUCGAGAACUACUCUUUAUUUCCAUGUCUGGACACACAGGUGAACUUGGACUCCCACAGCGAUAUCACAAGCCAACAACAAGAUUGGACACCAUAUCGAAGGGGUUGA